AGUUUCAUCUUUUAUUGUAUAUUUUCAAUGUGAAUCUUCUUAAUAUUUCUCUGUGGCUCUUCCAAGUUCUACUGGUGUGUUAAAACCCUAUUUCAAAUGAAUCUUUCCUAAUCCUCAUUACAUAAAUCAACAGUGUGAACUUUCUUAUCAGUGCUGAACAGUAUUUUUAAUGGGAGCAUCUAAAGAUCGAGAGCUCGGCUAGUGUAUAGAGGCCUUUAAUUGGCAGACAAAGACACACGAGUCAAUUUGAAAUUAACUUAGUCAUUGUUUGCCAGUGCCUGAGAGUGUGUGUGAGACUGUGAGUUUUCCAAACAUGCCUAAAUUUAACCGGGUGCGUUACACCAAUUUAACCGACGGUUCCAUUGCAAUGAGACGAUGGAUUUGUUACAGAACGAUUACGAACCUCAAAAAUUUCUUCGUCAAUAACAAGUCUGCAAAAUACCUGUUAGCUAUUUUGGUUACAAUUCUAACUAUACAACAGAUAUGUUUUAUGUAUACGGAGCCAUCAUCACCAGAUAUCGCCCAGAAUAUCAGAGGCUUGUGGACCUACAAGUGUAUGAAAAAUCGAUGCCGGAAAACACAAUUCACUGGCAAAGACGGCGAAGAUUCAGGCCAGAUUUCGUUGAAUGUGUGCAAACUGACUUGCGGUGAUCCCCCCGGCUCACUAUGGCCAAUGCCCACUGGGAAGGUGCAGAUACAAAGGCAACUGGUUGCAAUCAACCCCAACAACAUCAUUAUGGAAGACGAACCUCCUGGGAAUCAAGAAAUGAAUACUGAAAAUGGCAAAGUUUAUCUGGCGCUACGUGGAUCUUUCUCAACUCGACUUCUGACGGAGACUGUAGGUAAACCCAUAAAAGCUGAUGGAGGUUACGAAUUUCAUCUGACAUUGCAAAUCCAGGACACGAGUGUGGAUAAGCCUACACUCAACAUGGAUGAGAGCUACCAACUCAAAGUCGAAACUGAUAAUGAUAAAAAGCUGGUGAGCUCAUCAAAUCGAUUAAUUCUAGGUAUAGUACGAGUAGUAUAAAAAGGUGGGUCCUGGGACACAAGU